CAUUCUUGAUUUUGCCAAGAAGGAAGAAGAAAUGGAAAAGCCUGAAUCUGAAUUGCUCAUCAAUCAUUUUAGCCACCCUCAUCCUUUGGCACUGGUUUCUUUCAAACCCUCAUCAACCCCUAAUAGAAUAACAUGUUCAGCUGUACCAAACAAGCCUCGGGAGCGAGUUACUCAUGUGAUUCCUGCAAUUAUUGCCUACACAAACCUUGCUCUAAAAUGCCCCAACGUUUUAAACAUGAGGCAGAUAACCAUACCUUAAGUUUGCUUGCUGCUCCUCCCUACCCGGAAGGUGCAUUUGAAUGCAACGCGUGUGGCACAAAAGGUACUGGCUUCUGUUACCGCUGUGAAAAUUGCCAUCUUGAUUUACAUACUGCUUGUGCAUUUCUUCGUUCAUCGGUUAAGUCUAAUGCUCAUGAUCAUGCACUUAAUCUUUGCUUUGAGUCGCCCUACGGAGACAAGGCCUUUAUUUGUGAUAUCUGUGGAGGAUCUGGAUCAAAUCAUUGGCUCUACCGAUGUAAUAUGUGUGAAUUUGAUGCCCAUCUCAAGUGUGCAAAGGACAGCAUAAAGUUACAACCCCAAUCUAGUAUGAAACAAGAUUAUUCUACCUCAGGAAUUCAGAGGCAAAAUGAACCUCAGAUUGUUAAGUCCAGAAGUGUCCCUCCUCCUCCAAUUCGACAGCAACCACAAGUCGUUGCCCAUUAUACUCGACCCACAUAUCCAAUUCCUGUCUAUACAGUUGGGCCGGCACCGUCAUCUCAUCAAUUGCAUCAUUCCUAUACCGCACCCGUCUUGCCUAUCCAUGAAGGGUAUGUCCAACCUGCAAGACGAAACGAUGUUGUCAAGGAAAUAGUUGAGGCUGCAAUUACUGGAAUAAUAGAAGGAGGGGCGCAGCAAAUAGGCCAGGCUUUGUUAGAAGGUGCACUGGGAAACUAAACCAGACUUUAUAUAUGUUCUGCUCUCGGCUCUACUGCCUUAGGUUCAGUUUUUAUUUAUAUAAGAGCGUGUGUGUUCUGUAAAAUUCUAGCAGCUAUGUUCUCAUGAAUUUUCAGGCUAAACUUCUCCUUCGAU